GUUUGUUCUUUCCAUUAACAGUUGUGGAGUUAUGGUCAUUUGACGAUAAAGUCCAAGAACUUGGGAAAUUAAGCAGUAGUUUGUUGAAGGCCGGAGGCUUACAUACUUUAAAAUGAAGAGCUUCCUCUUAGUAGUCUUCUCUUCUGCGAUAUUGGGUCAGGAACUAGCCGGCCCGCCGACUGACAGCCCCGUGGAUGGACCAAGUGCCAUUGACAUUGGAGCAAUAAAAUGUCUUUGCAAUCUUAAAAUUGCUGCUGAUGAAAAUAACAAUGCAGAGAUUAGCGCAGGUGGAGGGUCUGAAUGCGGUUUAGGCGAUCCAGCACCGAAGCUCGCCAUCGACUGCAAUGCAGUUCUAGAAGGAGAUACUGUGGGUUCAUUCUUUUAUAUAUUAGAAGUCGAGAGGAACAGUAUCCUCGGCGGGAGCGAUUGGGUUACAUUUGAUAGACAAGGAUGGGAAAUAACCGCAUUAAACUUCCCGAAAGGCUUAUCAGCCAGCGACGAUUUGACAAUAAUUUCUGGUAAUCUCAGUCCAAAAAAGAAUUGGAACAACCUAAUAUAUAGUUUACAAAAGGAAAAAUCUACAUCAUUGAGCCUUUGUACCAAUAAUCAAAAACCUGGUACGUGGGAAUACAACUUAGUGGAAAUGAGUAAUCAAAUCAUCUUGGAUGGCAAAGGAUGUCCUGUUGAAAAGGGCACAAAAACUUCUGUGGAACCCAAUCCUCCAAAGCCAAUAGCACCAGCAAUUUACCAGUUUCCGAAGAUGUUACCGUGCGAGAGGCUCAUGUGGGACGUAAAAAUGAAUGAUCCCGAUAAUAGAAUGGCAUUUCAAGUUUGGUAUGAUUUCACACCCACUGGGGCCUGUAAACAACCAUCACCGACAGGCAAUUAGAAUUAUAUGAAAUAAUUAUAACUACUAUAUCUUUAAAUGUAAUAUCAAACUGAAUAUUGAUGUAUAAGACUCUUCAAUUAUUCGAUGUAGAAUUCGCUGAAUAAAAGUCUACACAACA